UUUUCUAUCAGUAGUGAGUGUGUAGAGUCUUUGGCGCAUUCAUGAGGUGACUGCCACCGAAUAAAUGUCAUAUAAGGAACAGAAACUUAUCUCAACUUCCACUUUAUUGCGAAAAAAACCAUUUAUAAUUCUCAACCUUCUGAGCAGGUGCUUUUGGGGAACACUUGAAGGCAGCAUCAGUCUCUGUCAUUUCACUUCCCCUCUCCAGCAUCCCCACACGACACAGGUCGCACAAACGACAGUAGCAUUGUAUAUGUUUGUGGAGGAGUGACCAUCUGACACCAUGACCAUUAGAAACACUCUCCAGGACCAUGGCCAGAGAUACCGACCACGUAUGGCUUCUCUCAAGAAGUCGGAGAAGGUGCUGCUGGAGAUGCAAGACCCCAAAACAGGGCUGAAGUCCCAGCCCCAGAGACUGGUCCGGGAACAGUGAGUGCAAUGGACUAUGGGCUGGAUCGACAAAUAGAUCCAAACUCAGAUGAGGCAGUUACACCCGACUUCUACGAGAGAAUUAUGAUCUUUACGCAGCAGUCCAUCAUGAGGCCCAGAGUGAAGUCAUCAGUGUCUAUUGGCGCAUUGGUGAAAUACUGUGCCACCUACAACAACCACGACCCUUUCCUCUCCAAUUGUCUUCCCAGCAACCCCUGGAUCACCGAUGAUGUCACGUUCUGGACCUUGAACAUGCCCUGUGUGGAAAUACCAACUAAGAUGCGUGUGGAGCGAUGGACGUUCAGCUUCGCAGAGCUGCUGUCAGACACCCGAGGACGAGAUGACUUCAGACUCUUCCUGAAGAAAGAAUUCAGCGGUGAGAACUUGGCAUUCUGGGAAGCUUGCGAAGAUCUAAAGUGGGGCAAAGCUGCGUCGAUUAAAGAGAAAGCAGAGCAUAUCUACAAAACAUUCCUGGCACGAGGUGCACCGCGGUGGAUCAACAUUGACGGCAAGACCAUGGAAGUCACGGUGAAAGGUCUGAAACACCCACACAGAUACGUCCUGGACCCCGCCCAAACUCACAUCUACAUGCUCAUGAAGAAGGACUCAUACGGCCGGUACCAAAAAUCUCCGGUGUUUAAGGAUACGGUGAAGAAGGCCAUCUGUCCUGAUGAGCACCAUUUCAGUGGUGCCCAGUUGGAGCAAAAUUAUAAGAAGCGACGGCCGAGUCUCAGCCCCAUCAUCCUGCGGCAGAUGGAGCAGGAGCAAAGGGCCAAGAUGGCCGCCAACAUUGACAUCACACAGCUGUGCCUCUUCACCACUCCCGUCCCCCACCUCGCUGUCUACUCCGGCUUCACUGACUACCCCACUGCCACCGCCUCACCCUCCCUCACCUUCCUGGCCCACACCCCGGCCUGUCCAUCCCCCAUCAGCGUGGCCCUGGACAGCACCUCGGUGUCUGAGCGGCAGGUGGAGGAAGCAGAGGGUGACGGGAACCCUGCGGCUCGAGCCCCGGUGGGUGGAAAUGUGUCCAAGUCUCGCAUGGCUCUGUCCCUGCGUCGCCUGCUGAAGGGCGGCUGCACCCCCGCCACCAUGUUCGCCAGCCUGUCGCCCAAAUGUCACUUAGCAGCCGGGACAAGUAGCCGCAUCCAGCCCAUCAGCCCGGACCAACCCAGCCAGGCUCCACCCCGACGGAUUGGAAAUUUUUUCCAGAUUAAAGUGGAUAUUCCCCCAGAGUGCCGUAUCUACCCCAUAGAGUCAGAGGACGAGGAAGAGGAGAGCCGGGCGGCCUUUCGGGGGGGAGUGGGAGCCAAAGAGAUCAUCUGCCCCUGGGAGAGCCUCACUACACAGAACGGGACGGGCUAGUCGGCUGCAUUUACACAGGAAUAAAAAAAGGGUUAUUUUAAUUAGUUUGAGCAGGCAGAUUUUGCCCAUGCUCUGACAGAGAUAACAGAUCUCAAACAGGACAUGAAGUGGUUAAAUCCCUGUGUAAAUGUGGCCACAUAAUCACCGCCAGGCCACAACAUAAACACCAAACAACAUGACACAAACGGCCAAUCCUGGAAACUAGAGAUUGUUGUUUAGACUGAGCACAAACCUACUGUGUCCAAGAUGAAACUCCUUAAAGGCAACCUAGUGUUGGUUUCUAGCGUUAAACACAUACUGCCUGUAGCCCUGAAAGGACCCAGUGUAAUGUUUGCCUCAGAAUAAUCCUUUACUCCAAUGCCCGCACUUUUAGAACAAUCACCAUAUUCAUAUAUCCCCAAUUUAUGAGAAAAUACAGUGUUUUCAGUUGUUUACCAUAUUAGUUUUUCCUCCAGUGCAACCCUUUCCCUUUAAGAUAAGCUUGACUACCCAUCAUAAAAGGCUGAGAUUUUAAUUUUUUAUUUGAUUGUGUAUUACUUUUGCCAAGGAGCUUAUAUAUUUCAGUUUGGUUUGGUUUGUCAGCAUGAUUACAGAAAACAACUGGUCCGAUAUUCAUGAAACUCGGUGGAAGUGUAGCAUGUAGCAAGGAAAACCCAUUACAAUUUGGAGCGGAUCCAAAUUAAGGGACAGAUUCAGAAGUUAUUUUUCGCUUUCGUUAACAUUGCGAUAUAUCAUAGCCUUGAGAGACGUCUGCGCUCUUCAGGUGCCCAUCGAAAUAUUUAUUUUACUCCUCAAUUAUACAGGUUAUUGGUGUCCUAUCGCAUGGCAGAGGAAGUUGUGAUCAACUAUAUUUUGGCACAUUUGUUGUUUGGAAAUAGCAUCUUACAAGCCAACAGACAGAUAAGUGUUGGUUACUCAACAUGUGUUUUUGGUGGAGUAUUUCUUUAAAUAUAGCCUUAUUGACACCAACCCUUUCUGAUGUGAGCACCGGCUGAGCCAGAUUUAAAGGUUGGACCCUUAGUAUUGUGAGGUGGAGCUCGACUAGAGGACAACAGGGUGUACACACAUCCACAAGUGAUGGACUCUUGAGCUUUAGCUUUCACAUUCAAACCUCAUUCUGUAUUUAUUAACAAACAGUAGCCCGACAGCAGCCUUAUCCUUGCAUGUACACAGAUAUUUAGGCCUAAAGAUACAAAAUAUAAAUGAGAAGAAAUAUUAUUUUUGUGAUUGCCAAGAACCAUGAAUAAAUGUUAUAUAAUACAGAUAAUAUGAUGUUUACAUCUUGUAGGCAGACACAUUUGAUUCUGCCUGUCCACAUGCCUGCUAACAAUUGAAUAAUGAUCUUUGAAGUAGAGAAGUGUUUUUGUGCUGCUCAAUAGAUUUAGAUGCUUCGUCCACAUUUUACUUACCUCUUACACACAUUAUGUGAAAAUAAAUAGAUGCAGUUCAGGUUAAAAUAAGAGCACAUGAACAGACCGUCUGCAUGUUGCUUUUUUGUUACUGUAAUGGGGGCUGGGUAAGAGUUUUGUAUUUAGCUUCACUAAUGUUUUGUAGCUGUUGUAUGCUGUGCACUACUCUGAGCGAGGUUUUGGUAUUUUCUCACAUAUCUCCUUUGAGGGGGAUACAGUACAAUGUGAAUUUACUGUCAGAAUGUAUUAUCUUUACAAUGUUUACAGAUGCAAGAAUGUGAAAAGUACCUUUAAUUUGUUGUAUUUGAUUUGUACAUUCCACAGCUUGUGUGAAGUGCCUAAAUAAAAGUCUUAACAAAAAAGG